GCACGGAGCUAGUUCUUUCGAACCUUCACCUCUGACAUCUGACGCACAUCUCUCAUCUAUUCUGCGUCCCGCCUCCUCGAGCAACCCGCGUACGUCAGGUUGAUAUUGUCCGGCCCCGUCCUAGACUAUUGUUCCCUGCUUGACGUGGGCUUCCCAAACGCUCCGUUCGAGAACCACACAGACACCAACCUCACUGUUUUGGUGGUCGAGGAGACCCGCCUCCUUUUCUCUCAACAACAGUUUCUCCCGCCUACAACCGCCCUCAUCCUCACUUGCAAACGCCAAUUGCUCGCCCGACAUGGCCUCCCGUCCUCAGAACAUCGGCAUUAAGGCCAUCGAAAUCUAUUUUCCCAGCCAGUAUGUUGAGCAAUCCGAGCUCGAGAAAUUCGACGGUGUCAGCACCGGGAAGUACACAAUCGGCCUUGGGCAGACCAAGAUGAGCUUCUGUGAUGAUCGCGAGGACAUCUACUCGUUCAGCUUGACCGUGGUCUCCAAGCUCCUCAAGAAAUAUGACAUCGACACAAACUCGAUCGGCCGCCUCGAGGUCGGCACCGAGACGAUCCUCGACAAGUCCAAGUCUGUCAAGUCGGUGUUGAUGCAGCUUUUCGGUGACAAUACCAACAUCGAGGGUGUCGACACGGUGAAUGCAUGCUAUGGCGGCACCAACGCCGUCUUCAACGCGGUCAACUGGAUCGAGUCUUCGGCGUGGGAUGGCCGUGAUGCGAUCGUCGUUGCCGGCGACAUCGCGCUCUACGCCAAGGGUAAUGCCCGGCCCACGGGCGGCGCCGGCGCCGUCGCCAUGCUGAUUGGCCCCGACGCGCCGAUCGUCUUCGAGCCUGGCCUUCGCGGCACCUACAUGCAGCACGCCUACGACUUCUACAAGCCCGACCUCACGAGCGAGUAUCCUUACGUCGACGGCCACUUCUCCCUCACCUGCUACACCAAGGCGCUUGAUGCCGCCUACCGGGCCUACUGCAAGCGCGAGAGGCAGUUCGCCAACGGUGUCAACGGUGUCAACGGCCACGUGAAUGGCAGCGAGAGCGCUUCCCCCAAGACCCCGCUGGACCGCUUCGACUAUCUCUCCUUCCACGCUCCGAAUUGCAAGCUUGUGGCCAAGUCCUACGGCCGUCUUCUGUACCACGAUUACCUCGCGGACCCUGAGAACAAGGCCUUCGCUGAGGUUCCCGCCGAGUUCCGCGACAUGGACUACGAGAAGUCCCUGCUCGACAAGACGGUCGAGAAAGUGUUCAUGGGCCUCACCAAGAAACGCUUCCAGGAGCGCGUCGCCCCGGGCACCCAGGUGGCGACCAAUGUCGGCAACAUGUACUGUGCUAGCCUCUGGGGUGGUCUGGCCGGCUUGAUCUCGAACGUCGACGAUGCGACCCUGCAGGGCAAGAGGAUAGCCAUGUUCAGCUACGGCUCCGGUCUUGCCGCCAGCUUCUUCUCACUCCGCGUCAACGGCAGCACCGAGAAGAUGCGUCAGAUCCUCGAUAUCUCCAACAAGCUCGCCGCCCGGCGCGGGGUGCCCCCGGAGACGUACGAUGCUAUGUGCGACCUCCGCAAGAAGGCCCACCUCCAGAAGGACUACACCCCCCAGGGUGACGUCUCCACCAUUGCCCCUGGCACCUACUACCUCGUCAAGGUCGACGAUAUGUUCAAGCGGGUGUACGCCAUCAAGGAGUAAAAGAUGGAAAAUAUAUCCAGUUGUCCAACGACACAUGAGAUGAUCCAGCACUGCGUUUCUUCUUCCUUCGAUUCUGAAGCUUAAUAAUAGAGGACACGGAUGCACGCAUUCUUCGGCACUCCAAAAAUCGCAACUGCUUCGUCCGGCGCAACGAUGGAUGACACACUGGGUGCGGGUUGCAUGGCAAUUCUUCCUGUUAGUCUUGCCUGCUUCCAUUGACUCGGCACUUUCAUGGUUGAAGGAAGAGGGGUGCGUUGAUUGGGUGGUGGUUGGGGCGCGGUGCUGCGGGUAGACGUCGAUAUCCUGUUAUUCCCCCCCCGCGCGACCGUAAUGUCUUUGACACUUAUUUUUUUUUUCUCCGCGCGGGGUUGGGCUCCGUCACGUUGGGUUUACCUAGACCUGUUGUUUUAUAUAGGUGCUGGGAUGCCGCCGGCUCUAGGCCGGUGAGUCAGUGGCCUGCUCCUUGGGGCAUAGAGUAUAAAGAGUACGAUUGGUGAUA